CAUCCUUGAGUAGUAGUCAAAAUAUAAAUGUUGAAAAUGUCAAUCCCUUAAAAUUGAAGAUUCCGAAAACCUAAAACCGUCUGAUGGGCUAGAUGGUCCAACCCACCUGCUUGGCCUUAUGCUUCGUGGUUGCAACAGCAAAAGUUCUGUUUGCUCAGCUAGAUUCUUCAAAAGCUCCCAUAGGAAUCGUUGGUUAAGCUCUGGUCGUGACUCGUUGGUGGGUCAGGUGUCAUCGUGUCUCCUUGCAGCUUCAAGGGGUGUAACAAGUCAGAAAUAGCUAAUUUCCAAGAGUAACUUUGAAAAUACUCUUCUUCUUCUCCCAGAGCUGGUAUGGCAGAAGCGAGAAAGAUUGAAAAAGGAUCAUGAAUUCUGUGUGUAAUGAGAGAAUCUUUGUUGAAGCGGGUCUGUGGUGGAAAUCCAUUAUCUGAUCUCUAUUUCUAGCAAAAAUUCAACAUAACUAUGGGAAAAACGAAGUCAUUUAGGAGCAAAGCAGUUCACUUUGUGUCUGAUCUCACCACCGUCUUCCUCAACCCUAUCUCUGAUAAACCCUCUAAGCAACCUCCUCCUCCUCUCACUGACGACCAGAGUGAGCCCAAAAAUAGUCAGCUAGAGUCUAUUACCGAAGAGGAUAAUAGGGAUUUAGUUGAUGGGCCGGAUACUUCUUCCUUUACUGCAUUCCUCUAUUCUUUAUUGUCAUCUUCAGAUACUGGAGAUAAUACAAAUGCAGAUGAGAAAAAUGAUAAUACAGCAGAAGUGAUUGACCAGCCAUCUGAAAAUGUAAGGAAGGAGAGUGGUAAAAGGAAGGGCUUACUUUCUAGGGGUAAACAAUCUCUUAGAACUAUUUACCAAGCUGCUAGAAUUGGUGGAUUUCGGAGUCAAGAGCGUAAGGGUGAAUCUGACAUGAAAUUAGCUGAUGAGACUGAUGAUAAUUUUGAUGGACUGGAAAUGAAACAUAUGCAAAAUGAGAAAGAACCUGUUGAGUUGGAAGAUCUUCCAGGUUCUUCUGAGCCUUCAAUGCUGCUUUCAGAGAAAGCAAGAAGUGCUCUUUAUGCUUCACUUCCAGCACUUGUUCAAGGGAGGAAAUGGUUAUUGCUUUACAGUACGUGGAGGCACGGGAUAUCACUAUCUACCUUAUAUAGAAGAAGCAUGCUUUGGCCUGGACCAAGUCUGCUGGUUGUUGGAGACAGAAAAGGUGCAGUUUUUGGUGGCUUGGUUGAGGCACCCCUAAGACCAACCAACAAGAGGAAAUAUCAGGGAACAAACAAUACCUUUGUUUUUACAAAUAAACCUGGCCAUCCUAUGCUAUACCGUCCCACAGGUGCAAAUCGAUAUUUCACUCUGUGCUCUACUGAUUUUCUGGCAAUUGGUGGGGGUGGCCACUUUGCCCUCUACUUGGAUGGGGAUCUAAUAAACGGAUCAAGCUCAGUGUCAGAGACUUAUGGAAAUCCUUGUCUUGCACACUCUGAAGAUUUUGAAGUUAAAGAGAUUGAGCUGUGGGGAUUUGUAUAUGGUUCAAAGUACGAGGAAAUACUUGCUUUAAGCAGAACGGAGGCUCCUGGGAUAUGCCGGUGGUAAAUAUGCAAGCAUAUGGCAGAUCUUGUUUCACUAUGAUUGUCAAUAUGGAUGAGCUGGCUUUGUUUGAUGCUCAACGAUGACUAAUUCCGCAAAAAGCAACUACAUUCACUGUUAACAUUUGUACAUAGAGCCUGUAUAUAUGAAGAGUGUUUACGAGUUGUGAUGAAAGUUUUGUAACUUGGACAUUGACUGUGAAGUGCUGAUAAUACAAGCAUAACAAUAAUCUCAAACUUCUGAUUUGUUGAUAAGUAACUUGCUGAGGGAUAUAUAAAGCAAAAAGGAAGAGAGCUUUAUUUGAGAUUUA